AUGAGCCAGGUCCAAAGGUUAGAAGCGUUGCUUCGACAAAAAGAGCACGAGAAGCAAGAGAUCAUGAGCCAGCUCAGCAGAGCCCGGACGUCCCGGUCCUCGGCCACAGCUGCCGCCCUCGACUUUGAGUCUGUCCCCGGCAACUACCAGAUCGCUCUGUCACAACCAGUUCUCGCCGACAAUGGACGAUCAAGAAGCAACACGAUACCCCGCAGUGUGACGGCUGCCCCCAGCAUUGCUGCUGCUGACAGUGUUUCCCUUCAGCUGGAUCAUGUCCAGUCACAGGACCUGAGCCGUCCCAUGAAGCGUUCCAAGACCACACACAAUGCCGGUCCAUCCUCUGGCACGGGCAUGGCGAGGUCCAGCUCAAAUAUGCAACCAGGUGUCCCCAGCGGCAGUCUGUCGGGUCCCAGUUCGGCCAUGCUUGAGCAGUAUCUUGGUCAGGGUCAGAUGCAGCAGCCCGUCAACGCCUUCUUCCAGUCACAUUCCCAGCUCCAACCAAUACCAACGGGCAGAGAGAUGGAUGUUGCCGAUUUUCUCUCGAUGCGGGAUACUGGAGGAGACCUUUCCAGCGUCUCGCCCAUCGCCAUCCCUUCCUCCCGAAUGUUGUCGCCCCAAGAGGCAUCACAUUAUCCCGACUCGGGCAUCCCAUCGGCUUGUGGUUCUUUGACCUCGGGCCCAUCUGUCGGAACCACAGCCAUGUCAAGAUGCAACAGCAACUUCAACGACAACAACGCAGCCAUCCUGUCCCAACUUGAGAUGGUCCGCAUUCGGUCACAGCAUUCCACCAAUGGACAAGCUCGACAAGACAGCUUUGGCCCGAGUCAGCCGCCGUAUCAUCAACCUUCGUUGCUUGGAAAGAGGUCGGCCACAGACCUUCACGAGGGAACCGGUCCCAGCGCCCACUUUGUCGGUGCCUGUCCUUCUUCUGCGCCCACCGGCUCGGUGCUUCACCAACAUCAGAUGAAGAAGUCGCCCUCCUCCCAGUCGAGCUCUCACUCCAUCUCGUCGGCGGCCAUCCAGGAACUCAAUGCGGGGUACAGGAACGAUGACCUCGGCAUGGAGCGUUCGGUCUCCAGAGACAGCACCAAGUCAAAUAAUUCCCUCAAGGUCCGCGCCAAAGAAUCUCUUGCUCGCCAGAACGUCAACGCCAAGUCUCGUCAACUUCAGCCAAAGCCAGAUGUCGUCAAGAAGGAACAACCCACAUCGGCCACCAACAAGAAGGACCCCAAGGCCGUCAUCACCAAGACCAAGUAUGAGCGCCCCAAGCACCCCAAGGUCCGCUGCCACCAGUGCAACGAGAACCCCGAAGGGUUCCGGGGUGAGCACGAGCUGCGCCGUCACACCGAAGCCAAACACAAGAGCAUGGUCAAGAAGUGGAUUUGCCAGGACCCUGGCCUGCUCGGCAUCCCGCACGCAGAGACGGCCGCCAAGCCUCUGUCGGAUUGCAAGCAAUGUUCGGCCUUUAAGCAGUACGGCGCUUAUUACAAUGCUGCUGCUCACUUGAGACGCACCCACUUCAAGGUCAAGGCACGAAAGGGUGCUGGUUCCAAGAAUGGUGCCAAGGGCGCCAGCUCGGCCACCAAGGUGGAGGAAGAGAAGCGCGGCGGCAAGGGCGGCGGCGACUGGCCCCCCAUGUCGGAGCUCAAGCUGUGGAUGAUGGAGGUGACAGUGCCGAUGGACCAGGAGGGUGCCCUCGGUCCUGACGGGAGCGACUCGGUGGGCCAGGUCGAACAAGAGGACAUUGACAAUGAACUCGGCGCGCAGGCUUACGGUGUGCCACCCAACCUUCUCGGCAUGGACGCCUACAGCAACAUGGCCGUCUACGCCGGACUUGGUGGGGGGUUCGGUCAGGAUCUUUCGUCACAGGGUCUCCAAGGCGAGCUUGGAUCGCAGCUCUCCGAUCUGUAUCCGCUCGACACCUCGGUCUUUGCCGCCUCUUUUCAUGGCCUGCCAAUCUCUUCGGCCGGUUUUGGGGACUGUGGUCCAUCGCAGGGACAUCAGCUCCAGCAGGGCAUGCCGUCCUCUUCGAUGAUGAGCAUCGACACUUCCAACUACACUUCUCCAGUCUCGUCGACGGCCACUCUCACCCAGGCCGGCAUGUUUGUCCACGACAUGCUCCCGCCCGCCAUGAUGCACACCCGUGAUGACUUGCACGACAUGCCAUUUGACCUUGCCUUUCCGGUUGGGGGGCACUAGAUCAGUGUCGGCUAUCUUGUUCCUUUUGCAUUGUUUUCUUCGACCGCCUUAGCGUACCGCGAUAGAUGGGUUUUGCUAUCUCGUUUUAUCACUACACAACAACAACCCCUUCCCCACCCAAAAAAAAAAAAAAAAAAGAAAAAAGAAAAAAAAGAACAAACCUAACACCAAAAAAGUCCUUUUCUUCACGGAAGAGCAGGGUGUAUAACCCUGCUUUUCCAUCCUUUUCCCAGCCGAGGCGGUUUACUGCUCGGCAUUUUUCGGUCUAUUUCUCUCUCACUUUCACCAUUCAAGAAGCCAUCGCUCUAGGCUUUUACCCCCCCUCCCUCCCGAUAUGGGUUCACUCAUUUCAUCAGUCAAUUGAUCGAUCGACGGGGAUACGUUUCUCUGGUUGGAGUAGCCUUUUUUUCUUUUUUUGCCGGAUCCUCAAUCAAUGACCUUCUUUUUUUGCAUCGACGGGGUGGAAGAUACCCAGAGCAACAACAAGAAGCAGAUUGGAUCCUGCGAGGUGAAGAAAGACUGGGGAUCAUCACUCGCGCUAUAUACAACGUUUACACUUGUCAACCACCGCGGUUUUGCUUACGGAAGAAGAAACCAUGGCUGAGAAGGCCAUCCAACACACACCACAGAUUGUCAAACCCAUUUCUUACUUUUCACUUCGAUUUUAUACGUGUUUACACAUCUUAUUGUUUCUUUAUAUCAUUCGGCGCGCACGCAUUGAGCAUUUCCGGGGGGGAAAGGGGCAAUAUUUCGGCACAAGAAGAAGCCUGAACCAGUCAGGGCCCCUUUUUUUUUUUCAACUGUUCAAGCCAGCAUGGGGCAUCGUCAAAUGACGCUUAUGAAGUCUUUGUCUGUCGGUUUUACAAAGAUAUCAGAUUGGAAAUUGUUUCUUGUUUUUUUUUUUUGUUUCUUUUGCUUCAAGGGAAUUGGAUAAUGGGCGUUUGGUUUGGUUUGGUUUGGGUUUAUCACGGGACAAGAAAGGAUUGGUAUGUGGGGUGACACAGACACAACACAGACUCAAACAGAAGGGGACAUGACAGAAAAAGAAAAGGAUGGGCUGGACCGAUUCAAAUGGACAUGGAACAGAAGAGACGGGUUAGUUGUAGCAUGUCUAACAGUACAAAGAGACGAAGUAUAUGUAAUGUAUUUAAUGGUGGUGGAGGAGCUGAGGGAGGAUAGAGGGGGAUAUAAUGUAUAUAUCUGGAUGUUUGGAUGAGGGGAGGCGGUGGAAAGGGAAAUUGUUGAUGC